CCGGGAUCCUCUGGCCCAGCUCGGGCCCCAGCACUCCGCGCCCACCGCGCGCUGCUGCCAUCCUCUCUGAAGCCACGGAAGGCUAGCUUCUCGAACUCCCGGAGCCACGGAGAAUGGCACUGAGCCCCACCGGCAGCAGGGACCUCGGCUGCUGGGACUAGUUGCGCUUCGUACCCCUUUCCCUCGCUUCGCCUCGCCUCGCCAGGCUUCAGAGCCCGGAGCCCGCCCUCCCUCACGCCCCCUCCUCCUCUCCAAGUGGGCCGACUUCAGGGGUCCCAGCAGGGCAGGGUCGCGUCCCUCCGGACCAAAAAGAGCGCGGACUUUCUCUGUCGUAACCUCCCUCUACCCGGUACAGACACACUCGAGGGUCGGGGGUCGCCAGCCCCUUGCCCCAGCAAACAGAGCCACGGGAGGCUACAGGCGGAUCUCGGGGUGCAGAAGAGAGCUCCCGGGGCUGGGUUCCUCGGAGCGGGCGCAAUCGUCCACGCCUGCUUCCCAGACUUCUCCCCCAGCUCCCCAGUUUCGGAUGAGGAGUUCAGCGCGGCGGGAGGCGGACCGGGCGGAGCAGUGAGCCGAGGGAGUUGGAGUGGGGGGUCUGCUGUGCUUCAACUCAGUGGCCCCCUUCCUGGCCCAGCCGGGGCAGUGAGUGGGGUAUCUCCUGCCUGUCUCUGCCGCCUGCUUCAGAGGGGGUGGGGACAGAGAUCCCCCACCCCCUUCACCCCCUACUGCCACCCGGGCUGGAGGAAGGAGUCUUUCCGAGGGGGGGAGGGGAACCUUGCGAGCCUCGAGAGGACAGAGCAGGACAUGCAGAAAUGUUUUCCUGAUGAUGUAUGGUUGUGUGUAUUCGAACACUACAAUAAUCAAAGAAGUAAAGCUGCAGAUGACCCAGAGGGCAAUGGAAAGAUGCAUGGUCAUCAACGAUACCUCUAAAAUUAUGAAUCUGGAUGACUGGGAGGAUAGUAGUGCCCUCAACGGAAACAGAGAAGAUUGGAAGAAGGACCAGUUCAAGAAAAGAGAUGACGAUCUAUUAGGAGCCCUUUCUUGGAAAUUGUCAGUCCCAAGCAUUUUCCCAAGGCACUGGAGCAGGGCGACACCUAGGAUGCCUGGGGUGUUGCUGCUAUUCUCCACUGCUCUGCUCUCCAGCUGUGUCCAGCUACUGGCAGAAGCUAACUCUUGGUGGUCUUUGGCCAUGAACCCAGUGCAAAGACCUGAAAUGUUCAUCAUUGGAGCCCAGCCUGUAUGUAGUCAACUUCCUGGGCUUUCACCUGGCCAGAGGAAGCUAUGUCAGCUCUACCAGGAGCAUAUGGCCUACAUUGGGGAAGGAGCCAAGACAGGCAUCAAAGAGUGUCAGUAUCAGUUCCGGCAAAGACGCUGGAACUGCAGCACUGUGGACAACACCUCUGUCUUUGGGAGGGUCAUGCAGAUAGGCAGCCGAGAGACAGCUUUCACAUAUGCUGUGAGCGCAGCAGGUGUGGUCAACGCCAUUAGCAGAGCCUGUCGAGAAGGCGAGCUUUCCACCUGUGGCUGUAGCAGGACUGCCCGGCCCAAGGAUUUGCCCCGGGACUGGCUGUGGGGCGGCUGUGGAGACAAUGUGGAGUAUGGCUACCGCUUUGCCAAAGAGUUUGUGGAUGCUCGGGAGCGAGAGAAAAACUUUGCCAAGGGCUCGGAGGAGCAGGGCCGUGUACUUAUGAAUCUGCAGAACAAUGAGGCUGGUCGCAGGGCUGUAUACAAGAUGGCAGAUGUGGCCUGUAAAUGCCAUGGUGUCUCAGGAUCCUGUAGCCUCAAGACCUGCUGGUUACAGCUGGCUGAGUUCCGAAAGGUGGGAGACCAACUGAAGGAGAAGUAUGACAGUGCGGCUGCCAUGCGUAUCACUCGGAAAGGCAAACUAGAGCUAGUGAACAGCCGCUUCAACCAGCCCACCCCUGAGGACUUGGUCUAUGUAGACCCCAGCCCGGACUACUGCUUUCGCAAUGAGACCACUGGCUCCCUGGGCACUCAGGGCCGGCUCUGCAACAAGACCUCGGAGGGCACGGAUGGCUGUGAGCUGAUGUGUUGUGGCCGGGGCUAUGACCAGUUCAAGAGUGUCCAGGUGGAGCGAUGCCACUGCAAGUUUCACUGGUGCUGCUUUGUCAAGUGCAAGAAAUGCACGGAAGUCGUAGACCAGUACGUCUGUAAAUAAUCUGGCAGAGGCAUCACUCUUCUGGCUGCCCCCCCUCCCACUUCUUCUAUUUCCUCUCCCCCCCCAAAAAAGUUUUUAUUAUAUAAAUCUAUAUAAAUAUAUUUUAUAUUUCUAUAAAUAGAUGAAUGAUAAAUAAUUAAAAGAAGAAAAUUGAAAGGAAAUGUUAUUUAAGAGGUUACAGCUUCAGGAUCUCUCUGAGGAUUGGACUUGGCUGCUUUUCUACUCCUUAUGGAGGUUCCAGACAUUAGGAGCAGGUAGAUUUUUUUUUUUUGUCCCUUUGGUUGGUAUUCUCAGGAUAAGAGGUUAGGACCUACCUAUUACCAUACAGUCUUAAAAAAAAAAGCAGAGGGAUAGGAGUGAAUUGAAUGAGAAGAGGGUUGUCUCUAGUCUUUUGGAGUACUUGUGGGUUAAGUGGUUGUUCUAUUACCCCUACAGAGCCAAAGGUCCUGUGGGAAAUGGUUGGAGGGUUUUGUUCAAAAUGUAAAUUGCAUCUGUAAGAAGGCUUGUGCUUUCUCACUUCCCUCAGUGUAUGUGCAUAUGCGUGCAUAUGUGUGCAUAUGCACACCCAGAGGUUCCAGAUUGAGAACAGAAGUGCCAUCUUUUCCCCAGGACUGCCUGGGCUCCAGCACCUAAGAACCUAUGAUUUAUAUACAUUCCAGUCUAGAUUCAUCUUUCAAGUUUGCAGAUUAUUCCUUAUCCACAGGUCUCCAUAUCUUGCUACAAAUUCCCUGUUUCCAGAGGGAGAAAGGGCCAUUUAAUCUGACCUGUUGAGAAGGACAUACACUGUGUGUGCCUAGACUGCAAAAAUUCAGGCACAACACAGCUGGACUAAUUGAACUUCACUGUGCUCCCUUAUGGGAAGCAGAAACUGGUGAUGCUGCUGCUGCUGCUUCCCCCAUCAAGAAGGGAGGCCUCCUGAACAUGAUGCACAGAUAAGCCAGGAUUGGCUAGCUGGCCUUAAUCCUUGUUUUUGUCCCAGAUGUACGGUUUCUCUUUGGUAUUAAAUACCCUUCACUGAGAUUUCUCUCCACCUUUAA